AAGCGUUGUCCUUAUUCGCAUAAGUACACGCAAGAAUAACUGAAAAAGUUCACGAGAAACACCUCUCUCUCUCUCUCACUCUCCCAAUCUCUGUGUGUCUGUGCGCAAAUCCUGCGCAGCUCGGAGAUGGAGAGACCUAGCCGUGAAGCAAUCGAGACUAUCAUGAGCAUCACCGGGGUUUCCGAAGUUGUUGCCGCACAGAAACUCGAGGAGAAUUGGGGAGAUCUCAAUGAUGCUAUUAAUGCACAUUUCGCUGGAGAUAGGAACACCAUAACAUCUAUUGAUGCUCCUCGUAAUGUUGCGACGAACAUAGAUGAUCAUUUGAAUCCAUUCUCUCAUGUCAAUUCUGACUUAAGAAGAAGUUUAUGGGAUAGUGGUCCUGACUUUACUAGUAGUUCGCCAAUUGUUUCACACUCGGGAGAAGUUGGGGAGAUUCCCAUUGAGAUCAGGGAUGGGACUGAACAAUCACACAAUUCAGUCCUCGCGCCUAAUAUAGAUGGUUUCAGUGGAAAAUCGGAUGCAGUUUGCUCAGGAACUGGUGGGACUGUCAUAACUGAUGGUGAUGUAAAUAUUCCAAUUGCUCUCUCAGGAGAUACAUCUGGGCAGAAUGGGCAAAAGGAUGACGCAUUGCAUGAUAGUUCCAAUGACACCAGUCGAAUGCCAAGUUCCCCUGGAAUCGAUGAUUUUGACUACAGCAAUGACAUAGAAGAAGAAAUGAUUCGAGCUGCUAUUGAGGCUUCAAGAAGGGAUCGUGGAAAAGGUUCCCUAUAUCUGCAAAGACAGUAUCUCUUAGAGGAUGCUGAACUUGAAGAAGCUGUUUUGUUGUCAUUGAAGACGGCAGAGCAAGAGAAAGCUUUGCGUGAACUGGAGAAGAAAUUUGGAGCUUCAGAACUGGACACUUGCAAGUCAACUUUGCUUGGUGAUCUGGAGAAAGUGAUGUCAUUAAAUGGAAGGUUGGAGAUGGGAAGCUCAUCUAUCCAACAUGGAACUCCGAUUCUGGAAAAGCAGUCAUUGCUCAGGCACAGGAGUAGGCAUGUGCCUUCUCCCUCUGUUGACUCUGCCACAGAAAUUGGUGAAGUUGAGGAUGAUGAAUAUCUUGCUUCAUUGCAAGCUGAUAGAGAAAAAGAACUGAAGGCAACGGAAGAAGCUGAAGCUCAACGUUUGGAAGAGCAAACAAUUAGAGGAGCUACUCUUGAAGAAGAAAGGCUGAAGGAGGAGGCAUCAUGUAGAAAGUUGAAGGAAGAACAGGGAAUCAAGAGACGACUAGCUGCAAAGGAAGCUUCUCUUCCUCAGGAACCAACAUCGGACAAUGAAAAUCAAUUAACAAUUCAAGUGCGGAUGCCAGACGGUAGCCGUAAUGGUCGUCGAUUUCUAAAGUCAGACAAGUUACAGUCCAUCUUUGACUUCGUUGAUGUUGGCGGGUGGGUCAAGCCCGGCUCUUACAGAUUGGUGAGACCAUACACUCAGCGUGCUCUUAGCGACGGAGAGACUGCUCUUACUCUGAAUGAACUAGGCUUUACCAGCGAGAAAGAAGUCAUAUUUCUGGAGUUGGUUUAGCAUGAUCCUCCUGUAAAGCUGUUAAACUCACACUUAAAACUGCAGUCUAUAUGAGUAAAUAGUUCCAUAUGUGGAUUGUGGUGAAGGUUGAAAUAGGCAGUGACAAAGGAGUUGCGUGUCAAAAGGCAGAUUAACUGAUAGGAUUUACGUAAAGGUGGCUGGAUGGCUGAAGUUGCAGCUGGGAUGCAAUCCUCCUAAUUGGCAUUUUAGUGUCAAAACUAGCGUUUUAACGUCAAUCUUGGUUACCUAUGUUGGUUGAUUGA